UGAAUUAAUUAGACGUGUAUUAUGUGGAUCACCAAUAAAAUGAGAUGGUGCAACUUCAAUAAAAGACUCUUAGAACUGAACAAAAACCAACACAUAUUUAAAAUAUUCACUGCAACAUCUUUUUAGACAAACUAAAGGAGCAAGCAAACACAUGUAAAUCUAAAGAACAAAAGAAUAAUGAAUUCAACUAUACAUACAUAAGACCGGGACCAAAUUUUCCUCUUUUGCCAAGUUCCCAAAUUCCCUAUAAAUACGUCUUGUCUCCAUUUCACAACAGCAACGUGGACUCUUUCUUCGAUUUUGGCUGACUCUUCUUUCACCGUUUCCUUAGAAUUUAUUCAUCUCAUAAACACCAAACACAACACAUACUUCUCUUUGUCCCUCUCUCUCUCUAUAUAUAUAUAGAUAUCAACUUUCUAGGGUUUCCAAGAUCAUAUAUCUACGUAUAGUGAUGGGUUUCUCAAUGUUCUUCUCCGCCGAAAACGACGUCGUCCAUCACUCCUCCCCUUAUGCUUCUGUUGACUGCACUCUCUCACUUGGAACUCCCUCCACUCGCCUCUGCAACGACGAUGAUGAACGUAGAUUCUCUUCUCAUACCUCCGACGCCUUAGGUUGGGACUUCUUGAACGGUUCCAAGAAAGGCGGUGGAGGUGGCGGGCAUAACCUCCUCGCUCGCCGUUGCACCAACUGCGACACCACUUCUACUCCUCUUUGGAGAAACGGUCCAAGAGGUCCCAAGUCAUUGUGUAAUGCGUGUGGAAUCCGAUUCAAGAAAGAAGAGAGACGUGCAUCGACCGCCGGAAACUCUACCUCCGGCGGAGGAUCAACGGCGGCUAGAGUUCCAACUUUUGAUCAUCAAGCAGGAGCAAAUUAUUAUUAUAACAAUAAUAACCAAUAUGCUUCAUCGUCGCCCUGGGUUCACCACCAUCAGCAUAAUACGCAGAGAAUUCCAUAUUACUCGCCGGCAAAUAACGAAUACUCAUACGUUGAUGACGUCAGAGAUGUUGAUCAUGACGUCACGACCGAUCCGUUCUUGUCUUGGAGGCUUAACCUCGCGGACCGGACCAGCCUUGUCCACGAUUUUACGAUGUGAUGAGUGAUCAUUUCAUUGAUUGUCUCCUCAUAAGUCUUAGCCUUGGAUACCUUUUAAGUUUUAACAAAGAGAAAAGUCUUGGUUAAAUUCUUUAUUUUACUUGCCUUUAAAUAUAUAUAUUGAAUGUCUUUUUUUGGUCUCUGUGUAUGUGUUUUUUUUUUCUUUCUUAAAUUUAAAAUUCGCAUGAAGCUACUUGUGUUUUCCUUUCAUGACUUUUAAAAUGUUCUCUCGGGUAAUGAACUAAUGAUACAUGACUUUAUAACCUUUUCAUGAUGUGUGUCCUACUUUGACCAUGAUUCAGUGCUAUUAUUAUAC